GCAAGAACAUAGUGACCUUUUUCUUAUUCUUUUCUUUCUACAUACAACCAAGCCAUUCCGCCGGCAUUACUUGCCACCUCCGCCACCUUAAUUUUCCACUACAAAUACAAACGCCGCGCCUACAGUGUCCUCAGCCGCAAUCUUCCGUUGCACAACAUAUAUAUACUUCAUUCCGACCCGAAAAAAAUGAACUAUUCCAGCGGCGGCCGCUUGCCGCUCCACCACCAAGACCCCUACUCCGGCGACGGCCCUCUGAAACGCCACCACAGCGCCCAUUACUAUGCGCACCGGGUGAAAGAGAGCCUAACCGCAAGGAUCUCCAAGCUAAUCUGUUCUCUCUUUUUAGGCCUUCUUGCUUUUCUGGGCAUCAUAGCUUUCAUUUUAUGGUUAAGUCUCCGCCCCCACAGGCCAAGAAUCUACCUCGAAGAUUUCUCCAUUCCCGGCUUGGAUAAAGAGAACGGGUUCGAGGACGCCGAGAUUAUCUUCAACGUUACCGCUAGAAACUCCAACCAAGGCAUCGGGUUUAACUUCGAUGCCAUGCAGGUCACCGUGUUCUACGAAGACCAAAGCAUAGGCGGCGCGUCGUUGUUAAUCCCCUUCUACCAGUCCCCGAAAAACACCACCGUUCUCGCCGGCGUUCUAAGCGGCGCGACGCUGACGGUGACUAACCAACGGUGGCAGCAGUUUCAGGCCGACCGGUCUCGCGGACUAGUGCUUUUCCGGCUGCAACUAACGUCGACGAUGAGAUUCAAAGUGUCGUCGUGGCACAGCAAACAUCAUAGGAUGCAUGCUAAUUGCCCGGUCGGUGUCGGAAAAGAUGGCACCAUCACGGCAGAUUACAAAGGAAAGAGAUGCCCGGUUUAUUUUAGCUAACAUUUAGGACCUAUGAACUAAUGUUUAAAAUUAAAUUUGCUUGUAACUAAUUAACUAUUUUUCCAUCCCAAAAGUUCUAAAUCAAAACAAUAAUAAAUCUGUUGAGAUAAACCAAACAAGAAUCGAAAAUAAUGCCAGAAAGUAAAGAUUUACAUGAAGUUGUUUUUUAAUUAUCAUCCUGCAGUACAUAUGAGAUAUACACAACAAAAUCUCUUUUCUGAACUUUUUUGAGGUCUGAUUCAUAAAGAAACAGGAUAAACUAACAUGCAUGCAUGCUUUUGGCUUUAAUCUUUAGACAAAUCUUUAGAAUACGGUUUUCUUCAAGACAGUGCCGUUCUGUCCUAAAUCAGUUCCAUUAACUGUCACAUUGUAUACAUAAGCUUCAUAAUCCAUCUUAUGAUGCUUUGUUUUCCACUUGAAUAUCCUAUACUGAACCGUCGUCUCCAAGCCAAUCUUGAAACUUACAUUUCCACCUAUAAUCUGCUGCAAAAACUGCAGGUCAGCUAAUUUCAUUUCCACUGCCCUCGUAGUAUCAUUCUUGCACGGCUGAUAGAAGCCCGGGGUGGAAUUCUUUGCGACAACAAUUCCAUUGUGGUUCAUAGUGAAGUAGAUGUCGCUGUAGUAUAUGCUCAUACCCUUGUUGGGAUUCGAGAUUUCGAUGCCUAACCUGACAGAAGUAAUGUUGUGAUGAUCUGUUGUAGAAUUCUUGGUAUCUGAAGGA